GAUAUAAAUGGCACAACCAGUGAAUCCAUUGGUGAUGACAGUGGCUCUGAAUGUGGGCUCAGCGCGAGUGCCACCAAAACGGCUGCCAGUGCUUCGGCGAUAUCUCAAGAAGCGGCACAACUGCUUCAGGAUGUCUCGGGCUUCUCAUUGGAGGCCAAAAUCAAAAGCUUAUUAACCGAAAAACAGAUGUUUAUGAAUGAAAUGAAUGCAAUUAAGACUGAAUUAACUCGAGAGAGGGAGAGGUCCGCUAAAUUGGAGUUGACUUUAAUCCAGGGCUCCAACCAAUCGGCCAAUUGUGAGCCUAAUCUCGACAUUCAAAGGGAGGCCAACAAACUGAUCAGCGAUUAUAAGUUCAAACUCAGGAAAUGUGAACAAGAAAUGACUGUUUUGAAUGGAAAUGUGGUCCGACUCGAGACACAACUGUUGAGGUAUAGGACUGCCGCAGAAGAAGCGGAGAAGUUAGAGGACGAGUUGAAGGCAGACAAACGCAAAACACAACGAGAGUUGAGGGAAGCGUUGGCAAGGAUUGAAGAGUUGGAGACAUCGAACGCUCACUUGCAGAAGCGAAUCGACAAAUUGAAGUCAAACCGCAAUAUUGUCAUCAAUACCACCAAUUAAUGAUUAGACUUUUGGUUGAAUGACUUGUAAAUUAAUUGCUAAUAAUAUGUGAUUAGAAUAAUUAGUUUUAUGACUCAAUUGCGAGCACUUUAUACCGAAGGACUUAAUCUCACGCCUAGAGAAGACACCAGACCUACCAUAUCUGCAAUUAACCGAAAUAAGUGCCAAUUAAUGCAUUCAAACCAAUAGAGCUUGGAAUACAUGAAUCAGUGACUCAUCUAAAGGGUUAUCACGUCUAUAAUGAAAUUGCAUUUUCGAUAUAUUUGAUAAAACCGACUCUCAUAACACCACUAUAUAUUGCUAAACUUAUUUAAGG